CCAGUGGAAUGAUGAACAGAUGAAGCACACGUCCACCGAAUCAUCUGGGGCUUUCCAGCUUCAGCUUCCAAACACAGCAGCUUGCUCAUCAGCUGUGUUCUUGCGCAGGACUUACCGAGAUGAUAUGGCAACAUCGAAGUGACCUGACAGCCUGAUACAACCCACUUGUGUCGAUCGGAUAGGGCCAUUAACCUCGUAUCGAACUCAACGAUCCGAGAAGUGAGAGCACGCCUACAUAUAUACCCUAAGAGCCAAUGUAUCCCAAGCACCUCGGUCGAGCUAGCUUACGAAUUAAUAAACAGCAAUGGCGAACACUAAGAUUGCGGUAGCCAUCGCCAUCCUGCUAGCUCUGCUUCAGGUGUCAUGCGCCGCAGCCCGGCGGCACGGCAAACCAGCUCAUGGCGACCACGACGGCAACGGCACCCCUGCUGUGAUGACGGUAAACGGUUUCGAGCGAGGUGAGGAUGGCGGCGGCGCAGCAUCGUGUGAUGGCAGUUUCCACAGCGAUGACAAGCUGAUCGUGGCGCUGUCCUCGCGGUGGUACGCGGGAGGGAAGAGGUGCGGUGAGGCUAUCCGCAUCACAGCGGAGAGCGGGCGGAACCGUGAGGGCACGGGUCGUGGACGAGUGCGACUCCCAUGGAGGAUGCCGCAACAACAUCGUGGAUUCCUCCCGAGCCGUUUGGAAGGCGCUCAGGCUCGAUACGGAUGUCGGCGAGGUCCACGUCACGUGGUACGACGCCUGAACACGCUACACACCGAGUUGGAUGGCCGCCCGACCACGGAGAAAUUGGGAACCACGGCGCGCGGUUCUGUCCUACCAAUUGUUAUCACUACACUCUCCACGUACUUGAUAGUGGAAAGGUCGAUACGAUCGAAUAAAACUUCCCUUCCACAACAAAUUGUUGCUUGGUAUAUGUGCUUUAUUUCCACCCAGAUAAAUAAGUCUAGAUAG